UUUUCAGUCCGCCACUCAGAGGGACUCGACUCUCCUUUGAAGCCUGCGCAUCUUCAGUUCUCCGCUUUCCCCCCUUGACCACCUCAACUACACCAUGCUCACAACAGCUCAAAAGUUUAAAGUAAAAGAACUCUCCGGGGUAUUCAAAUUCGAUUAUAGUUCCCUUGAACGUGAAGCCUUAGGUGCUGGUGGUUUUGGCGGUUAUGGUGCAGGUGGAUUUAGUUCCAUGAGCUCUAGCUCAAUGCUUGGUGGUGCCUAUGGCGGCGGCAACUUCAUGGCUCCCGGCAUCACCCAAGUCACUUUCAACCAGAGUCUGCUGGCCCCCCUAAAACUGGAUAUUGACCCAAGCAUCCAGGCUGUCCGUACCCAGGAAAAGAACCAGAUCAUGACCCUCAACAACCGCUUCGCUUCCUUCAUUGAUAAGGUACGUUUCCUGGAGCAGCAGAACAAGAUGCUGGAGACCAAAUGGAGCCUCAUGCAGGACCAGACCACCACCCGCUCCAACAUUGACGCCAUGUUUGAGGCUUACAUCGCAAACCUGCGCAGGCAACUCGAUGGGCUGGGCAACGAGAAAGUCAAGCUGGAGGGAGAACUGAAGAACAUGCAGCUCCAGGUGGAGGACUUCAAAACAAAGUAUGAAAAUGAAAUCAACAAGCGCACAGCGGCAGAGAACGAGUUUGUCCUCUUGAAAAAGGAUGUUGACGGUGCUUACAUGAACAAGGUGGAGCUGGAGGCCAAAUGUGAUGCUCUUCAGGAUGAGAUCAACUUCCUCAGAGCCAUCUAUGAGGCUGAGCUUCGGGAACUGCAGUCCCAGAUCAAAGACACCUCUGUCAUUGUGGAGAUGGACAACAGCCGCAACCUGGAUAUGGAUGCUAUUGUGGCCGAAGUGCGCGCUCAGUAUGAGGAGAUUGCCAACCGCAACAAGGCUGAUGCGGAGGCCUGGUACAAACAGAAGUUCUUGGAGAUGCAGAGCUCUGCUGGCCAGUACGGCGAAAACCUUCAAUCAACCAAGGCUGAGAUUGCUGAGCUGAACCGCAUGAUUGCCCGUCUUCAGAACGAGAUUGAGUCCGUCAAGGCACAGAGGGCCUCCCUGGAGGCUCAGAUUGCAGAGGCUGAGGAGCGUGGCGAGUUGGCAGUGAAGGAUGCCAGGCUUCGCAUCAAGGACCUGGAGGAAGCCCUCCAGAAAGCCAAGCAGGACAUGGCCCGCCAGGUGCGUGAAUACCAGGAGCUGAUGAACGUCAAGAUGGCCCUGGACAUUGAAAUCGCCACCUACAGGAAACUUCUGGAAGGAGAGGAAAACAGAAUUGCCGCUGGACCCUCCAGUGCAACAAUUCAUGUGCAACAGUCCUCAAGCGGAAUGUCCAGCAGUGGUGGAUUUGGUUACGGUGGCGGCAACAGCGGCGGCAUGUCUGCUAGCUAUGGUGGCAGCAUGAGUGGAGGAUACGGUGGCAGCAUGAGUGGAGGAUACGGUGGCACCAUCACCAAGUCGGUGUCCACAAGCAGUUCCAGCAGGAGAUACCUUUAAGAAGGAGAGCAGUCCCUCUCUUUCUGAAAAUCUCAAAUUGACCCCAAUAUCUGUUAACUCAUUUACGGUGCUAUGCACAUACCCCAAUUGAGCAAGCAUACCAAUUCAAAGAAUUUGAACUUUGCCAAAUUAGAGACAUGAGUCACUGGGUCCAUUGCAACAGUCAUCAUCAUUUAAGAGUAUCUGAAAGUAAAUGUGGCCUUCAACAUGCGGCAGGUCAGUUGCAAAGCAAAUGUCAUAUUCCUGCACUGACUUUGGAAAAGAGAAGAAACGGAGGUAAGGGAUGUUGAAACAAUUUAAGGGAAACAUUUGUAUUUCUUCACACAAUCUGAUGCUCUGAGGAGGAAUUUUACAUGUUUACAAAUAUGAUACAGGAUUUAUGAAACGAUUAGUGCCUCAAUCUUUCUUGGGCAAAUAAUUGCUUAUUUUUGUUGAGCAUUCCCUUGCCUUUAAUGCUUCAGUUGUGUUGAAACCAGAUUCAUUUUGGGUAAAUCCUCUUAGCAACAUGAUUGAUGACAGUUGCAACAAAUAAGAUCGCCAAUAAAUCUGAGCAUCUCA